AUGGCGACCACUGCACAAUCCGAUCACUCCGGGAUAGACGAGAAAGUCACCACAAAGGCCGACGAUGAAGAGCAGUACGCUUUGCAGGUUGGAUGGAAGGCGCUGUUCGGUUUCACCACCAGCAGUCACGUCGCAGUACUGAUCAGCGCGCUCACAAGUGCAGCUGCCGCUGCAGCUACACUGCCGAUCUUCUCCAUCAUGUACGGGCGCAUCUUUGGCGCGUAUGCGAACUAUGGUGCUGGGAAGUCUAACGGCGACGAGCUGCUGAGUGAGAUCUCACGGCUCUGCGUGAUCAUUACUGGCGUUGCUGCCGCUAGCUGGAUACUAAACAGCAUCUUCUUCUUCCUCUUCCUCUUUUUUGGAGAGUUACAAGCAAAGAGCGCAAGGACCAGGAUUUUUAACGUGAUGAUCCGAAAAGACAUGGCAUGGUAUGACAUGCGCGAAAGUAGCGUAGCUGCGUUUCUGCCAACCAUUCAAAUGCAGAUCCGCGACCUGCAGCUCUCGGUCUCCGCGCCACUCGGUGAAGGACUACAAUGUGUGAUCGCAGCAAUCAUAGCUAUUGGCGUAGCCUUGUACUUCUCGUGGAGUCUCACCCUUGUCGCCAUCUGUACAGUACCUUUAAUUUAUCUCGUAGAAGCCUACCUGUCUAAGAGACUCAAUGCACGAACGCAUGAGCAAGCCAUCCAGCUUCAAAUGGCGUUAAAGCACAUCACCAAUGCCAUACAAAACAUCGAGACGGUCAAAUGCUACAACGGCCAGGAGCACGAGCUUCAAGCAUUCACAAAGACCCACACGAUUGCAGCAAACCUAUACAAGCGGGUGGCGAACCUGCGAUCUAUGCAGAUCGGCCUGAUACAGUUCUUCACAUUCACCGUUUUCGUUCAAGGCUUUGCCUACGGCUCUUAUCUGAUCAGGACUGGAAGAAACGACGUCAGCAGUGUUAUCACUACAUUCUGGGCAGCUUUGUUGGCAAUCGGAGGAAUUACUGGUUUCCUUCCACAGUUCAUUGUCAUGCAGAAGGGCAAAGUCUCUGGUUCAACACUUCGAGCGAUGAUGGAGCAAAUGUCUAGGGAAGAUGCACCGCAUGAGCAGCAAGGAGAGUUCAAGCCUGCAACAUGCCCAGGCGAUAUCGAGCUCAGGCGGGUCACCUUUUCGUAUCCUACACGAACCAACGAGAUUGCUCUUCGGGACGCGAAUAUCUUCUUCCCGGCCGGAGAAACUACUUUCGUCGUCGGCAAGAGUGGCUCGGGAAAGAGCACCCUUGGCCAACUGCUGGCUCGGUUCUACCAGCCAUCUUCUGGUCAAAUAUUACUGGACCAUGUGCCGCUCACCAAACUGGAGAUCCACUGGCUGCGACAGAAUAUUACUCUUGUAGAGCAGCAUAGCGUUUUAUUCGACGACUCCAUCCGAAAUAACAUUGCUCUGGGCGACCAGAACGAGACCAUAACGAUGGAAGACAUGAGAAAUGCGGUCAGUUUCGCGAUGCUGGAGCCUGUGGUGGAAGGGUUCCCAGCAGGUCUUGAAACCCAGCUGGGUGCGACAGGUAGCUCUCUCAGUGGAGGUCAGAUGCAGAGGGUGGCAUUGGCGCGUGCUCGAAUACGCGACACACCUGUGUUAAUUUUGGACGAGUCCACCAGUGCCCUCGACUAUGUCACUCGAGCCAUGAUUUUCCACGGUAUACGGGAAUGGCGACACGGCAAGACAACUAUCAUCAUAACACACGACAUCGCACAAAUUCAACCAGACGACUUUGUUUACCUGCUCGAUAAAUCUGAAGUGCUUCAAGAGGGCUAUCGCAAGGAUCUAGAAAUAGAGACUGGCAUCUUUCAGUCCUUUCUUGCGACACACGAAGGGAAGAAAUUCGACACAGAUGAUGAGUAUGAGUCGGAAGAUGAGAUUGAAGAUGCUCAGGAAGAUGAGCUAAUGUCGCUGUAUCGCGACUCCUGGGUGCCUCCACCCAUCAAACGCCCACUGUCCGCCGUUUUGUUCGGACAGUCCGUUUUGUCAUCUUUACAAGCUGAAGUGACGCCGACUUCGGGUCUAGUACUUCCUGAUACUAUCGACAGUAGGGCAGACAAGCGACUAUCAAAAGUAAUCCACGAACAGAACUACACCCUCGAGCAGGACGGCAUAUUUCCACCUACGGACGACACGCAGCCCCGACCUCCACCAGAGCCGAUGUCACCAGUAUCACCUGUGUCGCCCGUCAUGAACACCUUCAACACCGCACGCACAUCCCGAACCCUUCUCAACGACCGCCUCUCUCGGACGUACUCGACCAAGGAAGAUGGCUACGGCAGGUCACACUCUCGAGCUAUGCCACGACCGAUGCCAAGCCACUCGGCUUACCCGAAGCGACCGUCUGUUACGGUAGACCGCACUUCGUACCACGCGCAGCCCGUGAAGCGUUCAAGGCGGAAGCAGCUCCGUUCCAAGCUAAGUCGCGAAAGGCUUGUCAACAUACCACUGCCUCCCGCUGACUCGCUUCCUAUCAUGCACAUCUUGAAGACCGUGUGGCCGGUCAUCGAUUGGAGGUCACGACUUACUCUCUGCGUUGCCUUGUUGGCAACAUUGGUGCAUGCAGCAGUGACGCCAAUAUUCGCUUGGGUAUUCUCACAGCUUCUCUCCACAUUCUACGCUAUUGAAGACACCAAAGCGGAAGCGCUUCGAUACAUACUCAUCAUUUUGGCUCUCGCCGUUAUAGAUGGUCUGGCCGAAUACGUAAUGUUCUAUAUGUACGAUUGUGUCGCACAGUCGUGGACUCAAGCGCUCAAGACUGAGGCCAUGAGGCGUAUCCUGGCACAGCCUCGCGAGUUCUUCGACGAAAUGGAAAACAGCACAGCACGCUUGACCGAGACUUUGGAUCACUUCUCAGAAGAAGCUCGUAAUCUACCUGGGCGUUUCACGGGAAUUUUUGUUGCUAUGUUCUUUGUGCUGGCGAUCUCUCUCAUAUGGAGCUUGGCCAUAUCCUGGAAGAUAACACUCGUUGCUCUUGCGUCAGGACCUAUCCUCUACGCCACCACAACGGCGUAUAACCUAAUAAGUAGCCACUGGGAGAACCUAGCGAACGAAGCCGCCGACAAUGUAGGUCAGGUCCUCCACGAGACCUUUGUCAACAUCCGCACAGUACGCUGUCUCAACCUAGAGGACCACUUCCACAAGAAGUACGAAGAAGCAACAACCAACGCCGUCAACGUCGGUUUCAAACGCGCCAUCUACUCUGGAUCGAUCUUCGGUCUCUUGAACUCGUCCGCCUUCUUCGUGACAAUCGCUCUCUUCUGGUUCGGCGCCUGGCUCAUCUCCCGCAAAGAGCACACUGUGCUCAGGGUCACAGAAACGUUCAUGAUCCUGAUGCUGUCCAUCAACGACGUCAGCAAAAUGAGCCAAUACAUGACCCAAGUCAACAUCUCGCGCGAAGCCGGCGCACGCCUGCUCCGCCUCGCACGCUUACCAACAACAAGCCACGAAGAUCACGGCACUGUAGCCAUCGAGAGAGCAGAAAACAUCACUUUUACCAACGUGAAUUUCACAUACCCCACCCGUCCUUCCACGCAAGUCCUUAACAACCUCUCCUUCUCCAUCCCUCGCGGCUCCUGCACCGCCAUCGUCGGGUCCUCUGGGAGUGGAAAAUCCACCAUUGCUGCACUUCUGCUGAAACUCUACCCCACUGCGGGUCCCUGUCUUCGGACUGGUUUCCUCGCUUCCACUGGCAAGGAUCUGAGUAUCAAUGGCCAAAGUGUCAAGGCUCUGGAUACGCACACUCUGCGUUCGCGCAUCGCUAUCGUUAGCCAGACCCCAGUGCUAUUCCCUGGCACCAUCGCGCAGAACAUCGCGUAUGCUUUACCUCCCUCCUCUCCCCAAACAAGUCUAGAAUCUAUCCGACGCGCUGCUACCGCCGCGGGCGUGUCUGAAUUCAUCAAUUCUCUGCCAAACGGGUACGCGACGCUCAUCGGCGAAGGCGGCACUACACUAUCCGGGGGCCAGGCACAACGCAUCGCCAUCGCGCGCGCACUCGUGCGAGAACCUGAUAUCCUGAUCUUGGACGAGGCGACCUCUGCGCUAGACGUCAUGGCCGCGCGCACGAUCCGGGAUACUAUCAAGCGCCUCGUCGCCACCUCAGACUCCGAGGAUGAUAGCAGUACCCAGGGUAGCAGAGAGGGUGGGCUCUGGACUGAUAAGGAUUUGGAGGAUGAGGUCAAGAGUGCGGGCUGGUUGAGAGCGCGAGGUAUGGGCACGAAGGGGAAGCAAGUCAAGAAACAGAUGACUGUGAUAAUCAUCACGCAUGCAAGGGAGAUGAUGAGUGUGGCGGAGCACAUCGUAAUGCUGGAUAAGGGAAAGGUGGUCGAAGAAGGCGGGUAUGCGGAAUUGAGACGGAGGAGGGGUGGUGCGUUUGCCAGGCUGCUGAGGGGUGAAGCGUUGGAGUCCGGGGUCUGA